AGAGGUCUAAUUCCAGGUGCUUCUGCUAAUGUUGAAAGUCGAGGUCCUAUCAACAGUGGUCCUCCGGCAGGUCACCACGCAGGUCAUCAUGCAGGUCACCAUGGAGGUCACCACGGAGGUCACGUGCAGCAAACUCCCAUGCAACCAGGUUGGUGGUCGUGGAUACCCGGUCCUGCCCAGUACUUCCCUCCCGGCCUGGAGCACCUGAGCCACGUCGGCGAGCUCACCAUCUCGAAACAUGGGCGGAAGAUGCGCGUGAGCCGGGAGGAGGGGCAGCAGAUCUACGUGGUGCGCACCUUUCACCCGCGGUGUUGCAGCGGCGGCGGAGACGCGGCCGCCGUCACCAUCAAGGUCCUGAACAACGCGCAUCUUGACGUCCUCAACCUCACCAGGACCGACGAGGAAUCCUCCUGCUGCGCCUACACGCCCACGCAUCUGGAGGUGUGCUUCCCGCCCGGCAACAUGGUGGGCGUGGUUCAAGGAUCUCCGCUGGAAUACACCGUCCACAACCCUUCAGGAGAUCUUCUGUUCCUCCUCCAGAAGGAACCCGACAGAUUAUGCUCCAGGGGCGGAUACGAGGUUGUCUCGGCGGACAGAUUCCUCCUUGGAAGAAUCUACCUGGUGAAGACUUCCUGUUGUUCUACUUCAAAGGAGGUGAAGGUUUGCUUCCCCAUCAACCUGGACUUAAGGUCGAAGGCGCUCAUCCUGGCUGGUGCCUUGUCCAUUAGAGACCUACACUGGAAUUAGUCAUCACUUCUUCCGCCGGGACCUGUUAGAGUGUACUAGUAUGUGUGUGUGUGUGUGUGUGUGUGUGUGUGUGUGUGUGUGAGAGAGAGAGAGAGAGAGAGAGAGAGAGAGAGAGAGAGAGAGAGAGAGAGAGAGAGAGAGAGAGAGGGAGAGAGAGAGAGAGUAUACCGUGCCCAUAAACACGAUCUGUGUAAACCACGUGGUCUAUGUCUAAUGGCUUACACAAAUCGUGCUUAUGGACCCGGUAUAUUGAGAUGCCUCUGAACAUUGGUUAUGACCGAUUGGGCAGUGAUGGUAGUUAUGACGGCUAGACUCUUUAUCUAUAAAGAGUUCUACACAGUAAGGGGAACACACGAGCUCAUGUCCUAGGGCACGAGCGUAGUGUCGCGGGUCCGGCCCACCAGCCCCAAGGCUUGGAGGCUGAUGGAUGCCCUGCGGACGGUGACUUCUGGGAACGAAGAGAGAGACUGCAAAUGAUAUAGAAAAUAUUAAGAAAAAUUAAGGCAUUGGCUUGGUUGCUGUUAUUAGAAACGUAGUGAAGAGCUCUUUGUAUCUAUAAUUCUGCCUAUAUAUAGUUACUGUAAGGCUGUUUGAAUUGUACUUGUUAUUGAAAUAAACAUUUCUUCCAUUUCA